CUCCUUUGUGAUAAUGUCUCAGCCUCUAACUUGGCGGUUAAUCUCAUUCAGCGUGAUCAGAGUAAGCACAUUAAAAUUGACUACCAUUUUGUUCAUGAACGAGUAGCACAUGGAGAUCUUGUGGUGAAGCAUAUUUCUACCCAGUUACAGUUGGCGGAUAUCUUCACCAAGAACUUAUCUAGUCAGCGAUUUGAAUUUUUACGUUCCAAUUUGCACGUGAUUUCCAAUGCACAAAUUAAUGGGGUGUAAUAAUGUAAUGUUUAAGGAUUACUUUGUAAUAUUCAAUAACUCUGUUUUAUUAUAAAUACAAGGUUAAGACACCCAAUAGGGUAAGCCAUUAUUCUCUCAAUUAUACUUUUGUAUAUAAUGAUAGUAACAUAUCUCUUUAUAUAAAGUUCGAUGUACAAGUAAUUAAGGCACUUACAUUAGACACCUUCACAAUUUGGAAUAUUCAAAUUAUUUUUUCUCAUUCUAAAAUACUGUUGUGCUACUUUUUGAAAAGCUGUUGCGGUGCAUAGUGAUAACAGCCUAACAGAUGAGUAAUAUAGAGUAUUGAACGGGAAAAUGGAAAAAAUUCUCACUUCUUUUUGUACAUAGUAUGAUUAUACAAAAUCACUCCUUACCAAACAUUAUAAACAUUUACCGAAAUCACUUUAAAAAUCAGUUUUGAAAACUUUAUCAAUUUUAAAAAUCACUUUUUCAAACGUAGAAACUAUCCCAAACACUCCCAAAUCCCAAUUUUAUUACUCAUUAGUCAUUAAAAAUCCUUCCUGGGAGAGUCUGAAAGUCCUAGUAUCAAGACUCAAGAGCUCGGAUGGUAGCGUCUAGAUGACCUGACUGUCCUUACAUGUCAAGGUUGCGCAAUAUCAUUGCGAAAGUCACUAAACUCGACCACCUAAGACAACUCCAUGCCCACCUCAUUCAUUACUCCCUCCCUUCCCAAAGCUACUGGGCGGUGCUGCUUAUUAACCACUGCACCCGCCUCCGCGCUCCGUCGCCUUACACUCGACACAUUUUCGACUCGGCGUGUGAACCGAACGUCUUUGUUUUCACCAGCAUGCUAAAGUACCAUUCCCAACUUGGCACCCAGGGUGAUGUUCUCCAUCUGUUUGCAGAAAUGCGGGAGUGCAAAGUGAGCCCUGAUGCGUUUGUGUACCCAAUGCUGAUCAAAGCGGCUGGUGAGCGAGGGGCUAUGUUCCAUGCAAAUGUUAUUAAACUGGGUCUUGACUGUGAUAGGUUCAUGCGUAAUGCGAUCAUGGAUAUGUAUGGGAAAUUCGGACCUAUCGAGCUUGCAAGAGAGUUGUUUGAUGAAAUGCCCGACAGAGCUAUUGCAGACUGGAACUCUAUUAUUUCUGCGUACUGGAAAUGGAUGAAUGAUGUUGAAGCACAUAAGUUGUUUGACAUGGUGCCGGAUAAGAAUGUGAUUACUUGGACAACAAUGGUGACUGGGUAUUCAAAAAAGAAGGAUUUGGUGAGCGCAAGGAGAUUUUUUAAUCAAAUGCCAGAGAGAAACGUGAUUUCGUGGAAUGCAAUGCUUUCUGGCUAUGCCCAAAAUGGGUGUACUGAGGAAGCUAUGAGGUUAUUCACUGAUAUGGUUAAUGCUGGAAUAAGUCCAGACGAGACAACAUUGGUAACUGUGAUUGCUUCUUGCUCUUCACAAGGUAUUCCUUCCCUUGCCGAUGGGCUUGUCAGGAUGAUCGAAGAAAAGGGCAUUCAUUUAAAUUGUUUUGUUAAAACAGCACUUCUUGACAUGCAUGCCAAGUGCGGAAAUCUAGAGAUGGCAAGAAAGAUUUUUGAUGAGAUGGGUUCGUAUAGGAACUCCGUUACAUGGAAUGCAAUGAUUUCUGCGUAUGCAAGAGAUGGCAAUUUGGCUUCCGCGAAAGAGCUCUUCGAUAGGAUGCCGGUGAGGGACGUUGUAUCCUGGAAUUCUAUAAUAGCUGCUUUUGCACAGAAUGGUCAGUCUAAAAUAGCAAUUGAUCUAUUCAAAGAGAUGAUUGAGAAGGAACUGGUGCCAGAUGAAGUAACAAUGCUUAGUGUAAUCUCUGCUUGCGGACAUCUUGGGGCUCUGGAAUUUGGCAAAGAGGUGGUCAAUUUCCUAAGGAAGGACCAAAUUAAAUUGAACAUUUCAGGUUAUAAUUCCUUGAUUUUCAUGUAUUCCAAGUGUGGAAGCAUGGAUGAUGCAAAAAGGACAUUCCAAUCCAUGGAAUGUAGAGACGUGGUAUCAUACAACGCACUUGUUACAGGCUUUGCUGCUUAUGGUAAUGGAGUUGAAGCUGUUGAUUUACUCUGGAGGAUGGAGGCAGAAAACAUAAAACCAGACCGGAUAACUUAUAUGGGAGUUCUAACAGCUUGCAGUCAUGCAGGAUUGGUAGAUGAAGGCCAAAGAAUUUUUGAAUCUAUCAAAGCUCCUGAAGUUGAUCACUAUGCAUGCCUGGUGGAUUUGUUAGGCAGAAAUGGUAAACUAGAUGACGCAAAGGGAUUGAUUGAAAGAAUGCCACUGCACCCUCAUGCCGGUAUAUAUGGUGCACUUCUAAAUGCUAGCAGGAUUCAUAAAAGAAUUGAUCAUGCAGAGUUUGCAGCCAGUAAGCUCUUUGAGAUGGAACCAGAAAAUGAUGGCAAUUAUAUCUUGCUUUCUAAUUUAUAUGCUUCUGUAAGGAGAUGGGAAGAUGUUGAAAGAAUUAGAGGAUUGAUGAGGAAAGAGGGAAUCUCAAAGACAACUGGGUGGAGUUGGGUAGAACAUGGAGGCAAAAUGCACAAGUUCAUAGUUGGUGAUCAGUUUCAUGAAAAAUCAGAUGAUAUUUAUAGAGUACUUCGGGAAAUGGAAAAGAAGAUGAGGGUAGCUGGAUAUAUAGCUGAUAAGAGCUGUGUUUUGAGAGACAUUGAGGAAGAAGAAAAGGAGGAGAUGGUCGGUAGUCACAGCGAGAAGUUGGCUGUUGCAUUUGCAGUUUUAGUAAGUGAGCCAGGGUCAGUGAUACGAGUGGUAAAGAACCUUAGGAUCUGUAGGGAUUGUCACACUGCUAUGAAGAUCAUCUCAAAGUUAGAGAAUAGGGAGAUUAUUGUGAGGGACAACAACAGGUUUCACUGCUUCAACAAUGGAUUAUGUUCAUGCAAGGACUACUGGUAGUAAAUGGUAAUACUUGCUUUACUUUCGAUCUUAUUUAACUCUACAGAGGACCAUGAUGACAAACAUCUUCUAACCACUAAAUGCUAACUAUACAUAAACAAUUUCUUUUGCCCGAAUGGGUUUUUGUAAUACAUAAAUCGGGAUGUAAUGGUACCACAGAUUUUAAUACCCAGAUCUAGUAUUUAUUUCC